UUAUCAGUCUAUUUGACUGCUUUCUGCUCUCUUCUUGAAAUAAAGUUCUUACUUACUGGUAAAGUAAAGUACAGGUUCAACCCGUCUACUGGGUGGGGUAGUCUGGAAGUUUCAAUGGAGCUGCCCAUGACCCUGAUGUUAAUUUUCGCUAAAAGGUACAAUGCUGCACAUGAAUUCAAGAAAUUGGGGGUGAUGACCGAGCUAAAACACACAUAUUCAGUUCUACCCUACUGACCUUGAAUAUUUAUUCACUCCCCAAUAACUAAAAUAUAAAGUUUGUUUGAUCGGAUAACUACCUUCAUUAAGCAAAUAUACAAAACGCUAAUGUUUGGACGAAUGAUUAAAUUGAUUUAGAUAUUGCUCUACAAUCGGCAAAAAUCUUAGAGACUCAAGGCUUAGAUCCACAGCACGAUAAAUUAACAUUCAGACAAAUUUCCUCGUAUCCAGUAAAAAUUUAUCCUUCACAAACUAUUUAGGAAUAUAUUUUACCACAUUUUCAGUCUCUAAAUCGAAUUCUGAGAACGCCUUCUGCCUAACUUUGAUAAGUUGUACCAGUUAGGAAGCCAAUAAGUUAAAUAAUUUCCUCAAUGGUCUAUCAGUAAAAAUUCCAUAGAUUGAACAACUUACGUAAUAAUGGCGGCUGCAGUAUUACGAUGUCGUUUUGUUGGAACAUUUAGCAAACGUUGGUGGCCAUCGUUUUGCUAUUUUUAUGACCAAAGAAGCUGUUGUAAAAUCAAAACUGGUCUUCGUCUUUACAAAUUACCACCCUCCUUAAGUGGUUGGCAUUUUAGAACGUUUAAAACGACAAUGAAAUAUCGUUCAGAUUCAGGGAAUCCAUUCCAAAAUUUGACUGAAGAUGAUUGGAUGAAAAGAUUGACUGCCCAACAGUAUUAUAUUUGCCGAGAAAAAGGAACCGAACCGCCUUGGUCAGGUGAACUAUUGGAUAAUAAAAUGCAUGGUGUAUACAGUUGUGUUUGCUGUGAUUUGGACCUAUUUCACUCCUCAGCAAAAUUUGAUUCAUCAAGUGGCUGGCCUUCAUUUUGGUCUGCAAUAGAAGAUGACCAAACAGAAGAACAGAAACAGCUUGGGCUUCCCAAUUUGAGAGUCAUUCAAAAAGUAGAUAAGAGUCAUGGGAUGGUGAGAGUGGAGGUAUUAUGUAGUCGGUGUUCAUCUCAUCUAGGACAUGUCUUUGGCGACGGACCUCAACCAACUGGACUACGUUAUUGCAUUAACAGUAUUGCACUGAAAUUUAAACCCAUGGACGAUGAACAAUAAUACCAACCAACAACAUGGCCGCAGCCUGCCUGGAUUCUUUAUUCAAGCCUAAUAAAAUCCCUUCAUCAAUAUAAAAUACACUACGUCAAAAUAAUUUGAAGUAAAUUGUUUACAAAUACAAUCAUCAUCAACUUGCUAGAAGCAGUUGCCUACGAGAGAAAAA